GUCUACCACAAUUUGCCGAUUUUGAGUCUGUUCAGAUCUUCCGUUAGCCACGGCGACCUUACGGUCAGGCCUGUAGCGCUGCGUUUCGAGUUGUCCGCUCUUCCAGGUUCCUUCCCUUCUCCAUCGCGAGUGAAUCCUCGACCGCGCCAUGGACGAUUGAACAACACUUCCCUUGUGAGCAUCCUUAACCCUGACCGACCUGCCUUCUGGCCGGCCUUCUGGAACAGACCCCUUCCUGACCACCCUGGCUGGCGUACCGGACUAUAUCAUUCUGCACCGGCACUUGAGCACAACCAACUACUCGGGGCUUGAGAGACAAAGCUCCCGCUCAAAAGUCGCGCAAACUUCACUUUGUCCCUCUCCGCACGUGCCCACUUGCAAUCUCCGGAAUGGUUAUCAAGGAAGACGGCACCAAAUGGGCAUGCCAAUCAUGCCUCAAAGGUCACCGUGUGAGUGGUUGCACUCAUACUGACCGCGAACUCACCCUGGUUCCGAAGAAGGGAAGGCCGGUCACUCAAUGCCACCACUGUCGUCUCGAACGAAAGAAGCGAUCUGCUCAUGUAAAGUGCGAUUGUGGUGAAGUCGAAAAGCCUCACCACCCGAAAGAGAAAUGCAUACACUUGCGUGAGGCCGAGGAGCGAGCCAAGGCUGGAUUCCACGACGACCACCAUGAAGAAAAGGACCCGGCACAUUUGGCCGCUGUUGCAGAAGAGCAGGGUUGCUGCUGCCAUCAUGGAGGCAAAUGUACAUGUUCAUUUCUCAAGCGGGAGCCCGGUAUCGACGAUGGAUCUACUCCUCCACAUGGUCCAGCCGUGCCCAAACCACGACUCGACAGUACCCGAUCCGAUGGCUCCAUCACUGUCUUUGCCAAUGGACAUCACAAGCCAGUUCAUCGAAAGAACUUCGCGGCCCAUGAAUGCGGCAUGCCUUACAAGAUGCCCGCUGCCAGGCACAACUCCGAUCAAAGCGUGGCGAGUGCGGCUACCCGGUCUGUGGAUAGUCUCGCCCUGAACAACAAUCUGGGAUACGCCAAUUACCAGGCCAAUGUGCCAUAUCAAUCCGAACCGAUACGAUCUCACUCGGGCGAGAAUUCACCCAUGCGACCGCAUCGAGCCACAUUAUCUUCCAUGGACUUUUCUGACCUCAGAAAUAUACAGCCCAGUAACAGCAUCGACACGACAGUCAACGACUCGACGGCAUUUCCACAAUUUGGUCCUACGUCUAGCAUUGCAGAAAGCUCUUACGAUCCAUGGUCUGCCUUUCCUUCGGACUCGAGCAUUCACGCCAACGGCAAUACUUUCGGCGCUUGGCCAAGUGUGUUUGAGAACGGCAGUAUUGCUCAGCCAGCGUUGACGGCUGCAUCAUCGGGAACACAGUCCGAGGUCGAUGAGAUUCCCAACAUGGACGACUUCUACGGCGCAUCCAUGCAGAUGCCCAUCAUCCAAGAGGACGCGAACGUUCAACCCGGAUUCGUCGACGACUCCAACAUCAACCGUCGUAGUCUGCCGCCCGGCUUCUUUGGCAAUGUGGACUUCAGCAUGCCAUCAGGACUGAACAUGAU